AUGGAACACCUCUUCUUCAGUCCCACCGAGCAAGCAAUGGCCAUUGAAAGUAACGCAGCUUUCCUUGCCGAGGUUCACGAUCGAGACUGGAGUGCUUCACUUGCUUCCAAUCAGGACUUGAUGCCACAUAUCGCACCAACUACGCCAUGGCUGGGGUUCGACCACCAAAGAGAAAGGGACAAGGAAUGGAUACCCAUUCAACGUGACCUGAAUCAAUAUCCUGUCGUAAGAGGCUGGACUAUACUGCAAGCAUGGGAUCGUGGAGAUCUACGGAAAGCCCACCCUUCAUUACGGGACCCGACUUUGUCACCAUGCGAUGUUGGAGAACGUGUGGCUUCCAUGAUACAAAGUUGGCUCUACUUUGGGCUUAUCGAAGCGAUCGUUGGAGACUGGGUUGAUGUCAGCUAUCUUGCCAGACCGGACAGCAGCGGACGCAUGCUACUCUAUUCCCGUAAUCUAGUUUACCUCAUGUAUGCGUGGCUAAGGAGACUACAAGAACUAACCGCAGAGUCAAGAGCAAUAGCAUUGCAUAAUGCACAUGCUAACCUGAUGACCGUGGCGACCUGCAUCCAGAAGCUGCUGGCGUGGUCCGACCCAGGCACCGCCGAGGAGCAGUGGACCAGAUCCAACUUCCCAGGCUACAUUGAAAGGAUUUAUGAAGUCACCCCGGCUGUUAUCAGACUGACAGAUGCUAUCGGAGCAACCCGCGAUCGCAUUGCCGGCGAAUCAGGGAUUCGAGUGUUCGCAAUAGCCGGACUUGCUGAAGCUUAUCUGGAUCGCAACGCCCGCUUGCGAGCUCGAGGCUGGUGUCCAUUUCUCAUUGCUUGCUGUUUGCAUGAUAUGAACGAUUCGGUCAUUGACUGGCUAGACGCAGCACAAAGAGCCAACCCAACUGGCCGACAUGACGAAUGCACGCAUGCCGCCUGCACUGCCAACAACGUCGAUGUAGCACGCUAUCAGAUGCAGCAUUGUACCGCCGACUGUACGUGUCACCCGAUUCGACCAAACGUCGACGAUGUUAUACGAGCCAUUGAAAAUGAUACCAUUCCGACCGUUCGUUUAACGAAGACGGCUAGUGGUAUCAAACUGCAAACUGAAGCUACCUGCCGUGCUGAUGACGAAUUUGUUGUCUUCUCACAUGUUUGGGCGGAUGGACUUGGCAGUACUGCCGAGAAGGGCAUCUAUGAGUGUCAGGCGCUGAGGCUUGCAGAGAUAGCCGAGGAAGCAAAGCCUGGCUGCCCUUGGUGGAUUGAUUCGUUGAUGGUGCCUGAGAGGUCUCCAUAUCGGUAUAUGGCGAUCAGAAAACUGAGGGACGUAUACACGAACGCCACCAAAGUUGUGGUCAUCGACAAGAGUCUAUCACAAGUCCGCAAUGAUGACACCGCUGAGAUCGUCCUCUGGUCUAUUGUGUCGUCUUCCUGGGCCCAGAGGUUGUGGACUUUCCAGGAAUCUUUUCUGCCCACGUAUAUUGACAUCCUGUUUAAAGAUGGACUGAGAUCGUUUGAGCCAGCCGCACUUCCCCGGUCUUUGUUGCCGCCUGUGAUCCAAGUAGUGUGGAGGAUUCUUUAUGACCGAGUCGGAGCUCUCAGGCCCAAUAGAGCACAGCAACUCACACGCAGGACCAACCUUGGCGAGAUCCUCGCAGCUAUGAACUGGCGCACAACCAGCCGGAGGUCUGACGAAACUUUGGCAGCCGCCGCACUCCUCGACUUCGAUCCCUGGAGCCUCCCUGAGGAUGAGCAAGACUCCGAGGGAAGAAUGGAGAGAUUGCUUCUGCUUGUCAGCGACCUUCCGGACGACAUAAUCUUCUUCACAUGCCCCAAACUGAGACGCAAACCUUUUCGAUGGGCGCCCGCCACAUUGAUGGCACGCUCUCCAACAAUGGUCGACAUCAGCCACGAUCACCAGAGGGCCAAGUGUACAGCGGAAGGUCUUCUAACAAGACAACGUUUCCUAGAGUUUGCAGAUUCGCAGAUGGGUCAAGACGGUUUGCAAUACUGGUUCAGAGAUCCUGAGACACUGGAAAUCUACGGUGUUUACUGGGAUCCGGAGACGAAGAACAACCCUGGUAUGUUCAACGCCGUGGUCGUACGCCCAAUCGAGGACGACCAAUAUGUGCAGCCUGAGAUGAAUCAGGUCGUGGAGGGUGUGGCACUUUUCUUAGGGGCAGAAGGGGGAGACCUAGGCGAGGAUGUGUCGCAAGCCGCAUAUAUCGGAAGAGUAACCAUAUUUCAGGGUGACGAAAACGACGUGCCUGAAGGCACGGCGUUUAUCAUGACGAGUUGGAAGACGGAAAUGUUGUGUAUAACAUGA